AUGAAAAGAGGCGGUGGAAGUGGAAGUCGGAGUCGGAGGUCUUCAGCUGCGAAGUUUCUGGAAACGCCAUUGCCGUCGUUGCAAGUAGCUUCUUCUCCUGAAAACCAAACUACUCCCAAAUCGGCGACUUUCAAUAACAGCAGCAAGCGCAAGAGGACGACUGUCACUGUCGGAGCAGCCAUUGGAGGACCUUCAGCCUCUGUGGCCGCGCUCAUGGAAUCGCCUCAAACCAAUAUUUUGGCUUCGAUUCCUGAUCUCAAGCACCUCGCCUCCUCUCGCCUCCGCGAUCUCAAGCUUCACAUCGAUCACUCUCACUCUGAGAUCCUCAAGGAUUUCGAUUCCUCUCAUUCUCGCCUCCACAAGCGGUUCAAGAUUCAAAGUCAAGCAUGUCACCAAGUGCUGGAUGAGACAGACAAGGAAUACAAGAAGAUGACCCAAAGGAUUACCGAAAGUCGGGAAGCAAUGAUGGCUUCAUAUGCAGAGUUCAUGGCAGAUGCACAGACCACUGCUUCUCGUGCUUGCAAAACAUCCAUAACUGAGUUUUCACAGUCCUUUGAGAAAGCAAUUGAUGCUCUUCGGAGCCGCUACGGGAUUUCAACAAAUUAG